AUGGCUAAACAGGAGCCUCGCAUGCACCAGAGUGCCCGUCACGGUACUUCGCGUAGUCUCGGCCGUGGCUCUAUUGUUGUGGUUAGUUCUGUGAAUGGAACCAUGGUUGCGCCCGGGAUGUUGUCAUAUACAGCGUCCAAGCAUGCUGUAGCAGGCAUAGCCAAAACAGCAGCUAUUGACAACAUCAAGAACCAUAUCCGAGUUAAUGUCGUUGCCCCCUUUUACACCGAAACCCCAAUGUUCGAAGCUAGCUUGAAGCGAGUCCCUGAACUGGGCGCUGCUAUCAAAGCAAUCACCCCAUUGAAAAGAGCUGCAGCCCCCGAAGAAGUUGCAGAUCCGAUUGUGUUCCUGUGCAGUCCAGCAGCAAGUUACACGAAUGGAGCCACGCUUAUCAUCGACAGCGGAACAACGCUCACCAUUCCCCGGACCAGUCUGUGA